AUGGCCACAGGCGAGUGUCCCGGAAAGGUCAGUCAGCACCGGGUGGACCACCUCCUCAGUGCGGUGGAGAGUGAGCUGCAGGCCGGCAGCGAGAAGGGCGACCCCACGGAGAAGGAGCUGAGAGUGUCCCUGGAUGAGAACGAGCUUUGGCAGAAAUUUAAGGAUCUUACUAAUGAAAUGAUAGUUACUAAGAAUGGCAGGCGGAUGUUUCCGGUGCUCAAAGUGAACGUGUCCGGAUUGGACCCGAACGCCAUGUACUCUUUUUUGCUGGACUUCGUGUCUGCGGACAACCACAGGUGGAAAUACGUGAACGGGGAGUGGGUCCCCGGUGGCAAACCUGAACCUCAGACGCCCAGCUGCGUGUACAUCCACCCGGACUCUCCAAACUUCGGGGCGCAUUGGAUGAAAGCUCCGGUCUCUUUUAGUAAAGUCAAACUCACCAAUAAACUCAACGGAGGAGGUCAGAUCAUGCUAAAUUCCUUACACAAGUACGAGCCACGCAUCCAUAUAGUGCGGGUUGGAGGCCCGAGGAGGAUGAUCACCAGCCACUCUUUCCCGGAGACACAGUUCAUCGCAGUAACAGCAUAUCAAAACGAAGAGAUAACUGCCCUUAAAAUAAAGCACAACCCUUUUGCCAAGGCCUUCCUAGAUGCGAAGGAGAGGAGUGAUCACAAAGAUAUACGAGAAGACGCAAAUGAAAACCAGCAGUCAACUUACUCCCAGUUAGGUGGUUGGUUUAUUCCAAGCUCGGGCUCUCUCUGCCCUCCUGCCAGUCCUCACAGCCAGUUUGGGAGUCCCAUCUCCCUCUCGCCGUCCCACGGCUGUGAGCGCUACUCCACCCUGAGGAAUCACCGCUCUGCCCCGUACACCACCCCGUACGCCCAUCGGACCAACUCGCCCAUUGGUUACUCUGAUAACUCGCCAGCCUGUCUGUCAAUGCUCUCGAGCCACGAAAACUGGUCCAGUCUACAGAUGCCAACACACUCCAGCAUGAUGCCCAUGGCCCACAACUCCACCUCUGGUACCAACUCUAGUCAGUACACCAGCCUGUGGUCUGUGAGUAACUCGCCCCUGACUCCCGUGUCCCAGAAUGGAGGGAUAAACAACAGCCUGAGCUCCCAGUUCCUUCGAGGGUCCAGCAGCCACUACUCCAGCCUUUCUAACCCUGCCACAGUGCCCUCCUCUGGUUCUCCCAUGUACGACAGCGGCACAGGCACAGAGGUGCACGACACCGCUCAGUAUGACGCCUCUCAACAUGGGCGACUGCCUUCAGCCUGGACUCCUGUGACGCCCCCGUCCCUCUGA